UGCUGUAUCUUGCCGCGAUAUUUCAGCUGUUGUGAGACCUCAGCCACGACUCACACCAGCUUUAAGUACAGUUUGCAUGUUUGUGUGUCUGCAGACUUCAGUCCUCCCGCAGCUCAGCCUGGUGCUGUUAAUCCCGGGCUCACAGUUUAUCAUCUCCAGCUGUCAGAAAACACACUCUUUCUUCUUCUUCUUGUUGUUGUUGACCACCACCGCAGUCUGCUGGGAGAUCUAACAUCUAACAAUGGUGUUGCUGAAAAACCUCCAUCCCCCCACCGAGGGAGUGCGCCACGAACAAGCCGAGACCACGGCGGUGUUGGACGGCCAGAGGUUGGGCUGCGGCACGCUGUACGUCGCCGAAACGCGCUUGUCAUGGUUCGACGGCUCGGGGAUGGGUUUCUCUCUGGAGUAUCCAACCAUCGGCCUGCACGCUAUCUCCAGAGACAUCGGCGCUUACCCACAGGAACACCUGUACAUCAUGGUCAACGGCAAACUCAGCGAUGAAAACGAGGCUGAAAUGGCAGAAAAAGCUCCAGAUGAUGAAGAUGGCGGUGACAGCAGCGAGGAUGAUGACGACGAUGAUGAUAAAGGAGUGAUCACAGAGAUUCGAUUUGUGCCCAGCGACAAGGCGGCAUUGGAGUCCAUGUUCUCAGCGAUGUGUGAGUGUCAGGCGCUGCACCCCGACCCCGAGGACGACGACUCAGACAACGACUUCGAAGGAGAAGAGUAUGACGUGGAGGAGGCUGAAGCAGAGCACGGUCACGCCGACAUCCCGACCUUCUACACCUGUGACGAGGGUCUGUCGGCGCUCACGCAGGAGGGCCAGGCAACGCUGGAGAGACUGGAGGGGAUGUUAGCCCAGAGCGUGGCUCAGCAGUACCGCAUGGCCGGAGUCCGAACGGAAGAGACCAACGCAGACUUUGAAGAUGGGAUGGAGGUGGAUGCAUCAGCGGCGGAGGCCGGUCAGUUUGAGGAUGCAGAUGUUGAACACUGGUAA